GUGUUCAUCUUUCAGAUUCAUUUUCCCUGGAUAUUAUCAACAAAGCACUCCUCAGAAACUGAGAAAAUAGAGAGAAAUCAAGAAGAGGGGAGAGAGGGAGAGAGACAACAAGAGAGAAAGAAUGAAUUCACCCAAAUCACCUGCACCAUCAUGCCCAGACAGAGGAUGUUUCUCUUCCCCGGUGUUCUUAUGGACCAUUGCUGGCAUCUCCAUCCUUUUUCUCAGUGCCUGUUUCAUCACCAGAUGUGUUGUGACAUAUAACAUCUUCCAAAUCUGUGAUAAGAAAAAGUUUCAGCUGCCAGAGAAUCUUACAGAGCUCUCCUGCGACAAUGACGGAUCAGGUUCAGUCAAGAGUUGCUGUCCAGUGAACUGGAAACACUUUCAGUCUAGCUGCUACUUCUUUUCUACCAACACUCUGACCUGGGCAUUAAGUGUAAAGAACUGCUCGGCCAUGAGUGCCCAUCUGGUGAUCAUCAACUCUUUGGAGGAGCAGGAAUUCCUUUUCCACAUGAAACCUAGAAAGAGAGAGUUUCAUAUUGGACUGACAGACCAGCUGGUGGAGCGUCAGUGGCGAUGGGUGGAUGGCACACCUUUAAUAGAGUCUCUGAGCUUCUGGGAUGUAGGAGAGCCUAACAACUUAGCUACAGUAGAAGACUGUGCCACCAUUAGAGAUUCUUCCAAUCCAAGGAAAAAUUGGAAUGAUGUACCUUGUUUCCUCAAUAUGUUUCGGAUUUGUGAAAUGCCAGGAAAUACUUUGAACAAAGAAAAAUAUCUUCAGAAAAGAAGACAAAACUUAAACGCAUAAAGGAGAAGGAAUAAAGAGUGUGUGGCCCAUACUCACAACCCCAUUAGGAGAAAAGCAUACAAUGCACUUCA